AAGAAAACAUUUUCCUUCCUACCAAACACACCCUACAUCUUUUUAGAUUGGCGCAAUCGGCACCUAAUUUUUUCUUAAAAGCACUUCUCAUUGUUGGUCAAACAAAGUAGAGACGGGAAUCGAGCCUAGGUACAACCGAUUUCUAUUGAAUUAGCCCCAAUUUCUAUAAUAAUGCGUGUCACAAUCGUUAAUGAGGAUCCUAUAAUCAUGGAUGACCAUGAUCAGAGCGAAGGUGAAAGGGCUCAUUCUCCUGUUAAGAGGCGCGGUUCAAGAAAAAGAGCUCGUCCAGAUCUCUAUGUUCCCACCCAUUCACACCCUUCUCCACGACCACACGGCCAAGGUUUACUAUGGGGCUGGGGUCGCCCUCAAAAACAACAUUCAGUUGAAAGUCCAGCCUCACAAUCUUUACGACGUGGCCUAGGUCGCCCUCCGAAACAGGGAUCAGAUGUUACAGAAGCUCCAGCAGUUUCACCACCUCCAGCAUCACCAUUGGGGUCGACCGGGGAUAGUCCAUUAGCUUCUUUGGCCACAAAUACUCCAGAGCCAGUUGCCUCAACUCCAUUGGGGUCGACCAGAGAUAGUUCAUUAGUUUCGGUGACUGCAAAUAAUCUAGAGGCAGCUGCCUCAACUCCAUUGGGGUCGAUUGGAGAUACUCCAUUAAUUUCGGCAACUGGGAAUACUCCAGAGGCUGUUGCCCCAACUUCACUGGGGUCAACCAGUGAUAGGCCUUUGGAAGUUCCCUCUGACGAAGAGGAAACAAAGUUAAAUGUAAAGUCGUCUAGAGUACUAAUGCAUCCCCCAAACGCAAAUUAUAGACCCCAGAUUCCAGAUGAAGAAUCGAAGAAAGUGAUUCUUGGAGUCGGGUCUUUAUUGGUGAAGAAGCUGCUUACUUCUGAGAACGAUGUUAGUUACAUGGUCCAUCAGGCCAAUGCUACCUUUAUUUGUUUAAAAGCGCUUGAUGUUGAUUAUGCCUCUUUUUACAGAGAAGUUACAGAAUACAUUUCUCAUCGCUGCAAUUUGCUCGACACACAGAGAGAAGAAACCAUGUUGUCUUUACCAGCAUUGCAGGAAAAUUAUGAAAAUGCUAAAAGUACUGCAAUUGAUGUUGAGGAGGAUUUUGGUCGUACUCAAGGAGAAUGGGAGAAGGCCAAGGAGAAAGAGGAAACUUUGAAGAGGCAAAUCGAGGAUCUGAAGCAAGAGCUAGCACAGAUCGAACAUAAAAAGGAGCGUCUGAAAGAAGCCCAUGAAGUUGCAAAAGCCAAGGAGCAAGAACUUGGCACCCAGUUGAAGGCAGCUCAAGCAACGCGAACAGAAAUUCAGCAGCGCAAAUAUGCAGCUCUCGUAGGGAUUGAAUCCACCACCCAAAACCUAAAGUCCACAUAUCAUGUUGAUUUUGAUUAGUUGGAUACUUGAUAACUCAUUAAGUGAGCUCCCUACAAGAUGAACUGAAAGUCCUCGUGACUACCUUGAACUGUUUUGGGAUUUCAUCUUUUCUAGCAGCAGACUGGUUGUUUUUCAUUGAGUUAUCAACAUGAAGUAGAUUCUCCUUAAAGUUUCUUGUCGUGCCUCCAGUCUUUUAGCAUGUACAAUCUUAACUUGCAGCAUCAGAUUGUUUUUUACUUCAGUUUCAUGUCAACUUUUAUUCUAGCAUGAGAAUAAAAUAUGGCUCUUUAAACGAAAGAUUAAGUACAGGAAUAGACUCCUGUAGUUUAUGGGGUGAAUUAGUAUUGGUUGCAGAAAGAUAAAGCUGUCUUGCAAUUCAUAUCUGUAAUAACCUCUGCUUAUUUAUAACUAAGAAACUACAAAAAUCCCAUUUAUUUAAGAAACAUGCAAUAAUGUUGUGGUUUGUGGCAGGGAUACCUCGAUUUUGUUAACAGGAAACAAAGUUUCCAAUUGUCCGAAGAAGACUCUUCUCGGCAUGGUGACUAAGUAGUUACAUUGGAUUAGGUUAAUAAUGUCUUCAAAAGGUGUGUGUGUCUCUGUUGUAAUUGUAUUAGACAUCGAAAAGAUAUGAGUUUCAGUUAUCGCUCUAGUGUGUAGGUAAGUGUGUUUUGUUCAACAUAUGUGGACUCUCUAUCUAGGCUUUGAAUCAAUUGUAACAUUAUAUUCAAAAGCAAGA